AUGAGUUUCCCGGUGGACCUCCGUGCUCUGCCCCCUGCCCUGUACCAGGAGGUGUUCACGCCCGAGAAUGUGCGAGUGAGGCCGGUGGCGAACUCUCUCUCCUCUCUGAGUUUUCCAAAGUCCAGGUGUGCUCUGUGGGAUGGGACCCCAACCGGAGACAACCUGCUCCUUCAUCUUUGUGCGCACAGAGCUCCUCAAGUGCAGCUCACAGAGAGAGCUCUGCGUUUGGCUCAGAGACACCUCAGACACAGCUCCAAAACUCUGCUGCGCUGCUUCCUCCUAGGAUCCGUCUGUGUGGACUCAGAUGAGGAGGGUGUGACGGUGACCCUGGACCGCUUUGAUCCGGGUCGAGACCAGAAUGGCACCAGUGUUCCCUCUGCUCUUCUGCCUGGAGACGUGUGUGCGUCCUCUGUGUUCACCUCUGACCCCAGCGCUCUCAUCCAAUCAGAGGCCGAGCUGCAGCAGGCUUUUAAGACCCUGCAGCAGUGCAUCAGCGGCCGUCAGUCCCUGGACCUGUCUCAAAUCCUCCGCCUGGGACUCCACGUGGUCUGGACUCAGGGUCUGGACUCUGCGGACUUUAGCCUGACCUGGACCUGUGUGAGUCCCUCCACGAGCGUGCACGUGGAGCCGGUCAGAGCCGUGCACGUGAUUCCCACCGCUCUGCUGCGGAGUCUCACCAGCCCGGCCCGGCCUAGCGCCCCGCACAGGCAGAAGGGUUACGUGACGAUGGAUCAGAGCCGGAAGCUGCUGCUCUUGUUGGAGUCGGACCCUAAAGCCCUCAGUCUGCCUCUGGUCGGAGUCUGGUUCAGUGGAGUCACUCAGGUCCACAGUCCUCAGGUUUGGGCCUGGACUCUGCGCUUCCUCUACAGCUCCUGCAUUCAGGACCGAGUCCUGUCUGAGAGUAGGAAGUUCCUGCUGCUGCUCUUCGCCUCCACACACAGAGCUCCUCAGUUCUUUCAGUGUAAAGUGGAUGGUCCUGGUCUCAGCUUCCAGCUCCUCACUGGUCACCACACCGCCACACUGUACCAGCAGGUGGCGUCGGUGGAUGGUCAGACUCUGAGGUGCGAUCUUGGGACAGAGAGCAGCUCCACGCAGGAAGCCGUCUUCACACAGGCGCACAGGGCCUUCAGCAGUUCUCCAGCGUUGGUCCUCUCUGUGACCGACCAAGACUCUGGGGUCGAGGACGAGGACCUGUCCCCCAGACCGUCCCCAAGUCCACACGUCCCCUCAGUCCAACAGGCUCGAAUGAUCCAGCCAUCGGUGCCUGAACUGUCUCUGCUGGUCGACGACAGCUUCUCGUCCAAUCACAACGCCCACAAACCCCAAGCCCCGCCUCCCGCCACGGACCGGAAUCCUGCAUUUCCCCUACGCCACAAUCUUCACAGCACUCCUUACUCUGACCUCCCAUCAGGCUGCGCCUGCUGCGAGAACAAGGACUAUCAAUGCACCUCCAUCCACCCCACGUCCAACCAGCAAACGCAGAUGAUAGACCAUAGAACUCCCAGCCAAUACCCAAACACCAACGGCGACCCCAGUUUCUCAUCCCAGUUUGCAGAAUUUCCACCCCUCGCAGUUCAACCCAAACCAACAAACGUCUUGCUCGUUUCAGCCAAAGACGCCACAACCAAAUCCAGUUUCGAAUCUUUUCCACACACCACAGAAUAA